AUGCCCUCCCGCAAAUCCCCCCAUCACAAAGACCCCAUCCGCGUCCUCACGAAGCACCAAGACGCCACCACCAAAGAAAUCAUCUACCGCGUCCAACUCCACGACCAAAUCAAAUACAUAAGCGUUGCACCCACCACCUACCCCCCCAAAACAGAAAUCAACAUCCCCAUCCCCCAUCUCUCCGCCUUCGGCACCCACAACGCAGCCCGAGCCUACCGCACCAAACCCGACCACCACUUCAAAUACACCUUCGAACACUGGCCAGGCGUGAAAAGGUCCUUCCUAUGGCACCCCACGCACAUCCACUGCCCGAACUGGGAAGACCCCCUCACUCUCAGCACCGCCAUCCGCACCGCCCUGCCCCCCUCCAUCGCCACCUCCACCUGCUACACCAAAUUCAACCUAAUCAACAUCACCGAACUCGAAACCGAGACCAUGAUCUACCGUCUCCUGAAGAACAAUAACAUCCUCCACCUUGCGCCGGAAUUCCGGGGCCAUUUGAAUGAAAACGGCCGGGUCAUGGGGUUCGUCUUGCAGAAGGUGGGCGAGGGACGGCCGUCGGGGGUGGAUUUCGAGGCCUGUCGAGGCGUGUUGCAGCGGUAUCAUGAGUUGGGAUUGUUGCAUGGGAAUAUCACCAAGGAGCAUUUUUUGAUUCAGGCGGAUGGGACGGCGAGGAUGGUUCGUAGUAGUAGAUAUCAAGCCUCAGGCAUCGCAUCGUGGCAGUGA